AUGGCUGGUCAAUUCGUUUUGCUGCCUGACCAGAUGGCUGCACUUAACGGUCAAGGAGGCCGCAGCCACAACUUUGAAUUCGACUUGAACAACAAGAGCUCUUCAUGUAGUCGAAUUUGGGACCCUGUGAAUGCAAGAUUUGAAGCUUGCUUCAUACCAUUCAUAGCCGGUAUUCCAGCAGCCAUCAGCGCCUUAAUUAUCCUUGGAUUUCUCACACAAUUGAUACCAAUCCCGCGUUUAUUGCCAUCAUGGCUUCAUCCAUUCAUAAAAGAGCCAGAGGAUAAAUCUGGAGAGUUUGAAAGCAGGCGCCAACGGCACGUGUUCACACCCAUGACAAAAUAUUUGUUGGCUGUCUCAAUUUCCGGUACAUUAUCACAGUUAUCAUCAAUAUUUUAUCAUAAUUUCUACCAAAAUCAAAACUUUCAUAUGAUGGUGAUGAUAUUUCCCACAAUAGCAUGGACAGUUGUAUGUCUCCUCAUUGCUAUCACUCAACCUGCGAAAACACCAAAAUCUUUGCUUUUUCUCUACAUCAGCAUUUUUGGUUCACAGUACUUCGUUCUGCUUGAUAGAUACUCGAAUAUGAACAUGCAGGACGGAUCCUUGGUUCUUUCUUGGUUGGCUUCAAUUGCAGCGAUCAUCAUCAUUCUGCAAAUGCCCAUGCGUGAUCCAUUCCUAGGUCAUGAUCGAAUUAGUCCAGCAUUUAGUCCACCGAGCGAGUCGCUUCGAAGUCCAGAGGACAAUCUUACUCUAUGGCAAUUCAUGAGUGUUUCUUGGAUGUCACCUCUCAUGUCGAUAGGGAAAGCUCAACAGUUGAAUGAAGACAAUGUCUGGAGCCUUGGCUACGAAUUUCAACAUAGAGUACUACAUGAGAAAUUUAGAGAUACAAAUGGCUCAGUGCUAAAAAGACUUAUAGAUGUCACAGGGAUUGAUCUUGUUAUACUUGGUUGUUUGGGAAUUUAUAAAUCGAUUGCAGAUAUUGCUUCACCUUUGCUACUCCAAAAAAUACUCGCAAGUAUGGAAAAUCAACUAGCGCCAAAGCAAGCCACAUUGACUUACUCUCUGAUUGCCCUUGUCAUCCGCCUAAUGUCUGCUCAAUGCGAUGUUUUUUCAACCUGGUAUGGUAGACGUUCUUAUGAGAGAUCUCGAGGAGUACUCAUUACAAUGCUUUUCGAGAAAUCGUUGUCAAGAAAAACUAUUAGCGUCAGUACAAAGCCUAAGGAAAACGAGCUGGCCAAUGGGCAAACCAACGGGCAAAACAAUGGAAGCAAUGGAGGCAAUGGAACCUCUGGAACCAAUGAUAUUCCCCUUCAUAAUUCAGCAAAAGAUACUAUACUUCCAUGGUGGAAGAAGGGCUUGAAAAUCAUUGCAAACCCCUUUACAUCAUGUUUUGGUUUGCGAUCCAAGGAACCCAAGAAGCCAAAAGAGCCAGCUACGAUGGGAAAGAUCCUGAAUUUGAUGAGGGGAGAUGCUUAUGAAGUUGCGCAACGAUUUUGGGACUUUGCCGAUUUCAUCACUCAACCACUUGGGUUGGUUCUUUCCAUUAUUGCUGUUUGGAAGCUUCUCGGGUGGCCCUGUUUUAUUGGGGUGAUAGCCGUAUUCAUAGGUCAAGCUCUUAAUGUUUUGGUUUUAAAAGCUCUUUUGUAUUAUGAAAGACAACGAAGAACCGCCUCUGAUACCAAACUUCAUAAAAUAACACAGCUAGUUGAGUCAAUAAGGCACUUGCGUUGGUAUGGAUGGCAAGAUAUUUGGCUAGGCCGCAUUAUGGAAGCAAGACAAGACGAACUAUGGUUACGUGUCAUAACAAGGGCUUGGGGUAUUCUCUUGUCAUUUGUUUACAUGUUUUCAAGUGGGAUGUUUCCUGUAGUGGCUUUCUGGGCCUAUUGCGUGUGGGCAGGUCAGCCAUUACGUGUUGAUGUAGCCUUCCCUGCUCUCCAACUUUUUCAAAUGCUUCAAAUGGGAUUGCAGACUGUUCCAGAUCUUGUAACCACUCUGCUCAACGCUCGAAUUGCAAUGGGACGUAUCGAAGACUUCAUGAAAGAACCCGAUAAGCCAGAGGUAGAGGCAAAUCAACAGACAAACAGCCGACUUGAAAUGAAUGAUGCCUCAUUCGCUUGGCCUGGAGCUACGGCCCCUGUAUUAAGGAACAUGACUCUUUCAUUCCCAGGUGGGUUAUCGCUUAUAUAUGGGGAAGUGGCUUCCGGAAAGACGGCUUUAUUACAGGCUCUGCUUGGUGAGCUUGAUCAUCUUAGUGGUGUAUACAGCCCUGUCAAUGAGGUGGUAGGUUAUUGUGCACAAACACCAUGGCUACAGAGCAUGAGUAUAAGAGAUAAUAUUUUGUUCUCUGCUCCAUAUCAAGAAGUCCGAUACAAACAAGUAUUAGAUGCUUGCGCUUUGGUGCCAGAUAUGGUCAAUUUUAAGAAUGGAGAUUUGUCCUUGAUUGGUGAAAACGGAAUUGGACUGUCUGGAGGACAAAGGGCUCGUGUCGCAUUGGCACGAGCAGUCUAUUCCAACGCAAAAAUCUUGUUUCUUGACGAUCCUCUUUCUUCACUUGACCACCAUACAGCGGAGUCAGUCGUAAAGAAAUGUCUGACAGGUUCGUUGGCAGAGGGAAGAACUAUUAUACUGGUGACUCAUCGCACGGAGUUAUGUCAGGGAAUAGCACAACAGAUUAUUAGAAUGACAGAUGGGACAGCAGAGGUGUUUGAUCCCGACUCCAUACCGUCUGAAUUACUACAUACAGAAAAUUCGUCAAAUUCUGUAGUGGAAGAGCAAAAGGAAGAUGAAGAUCAAAUAGAUUCAGCAAUACCCGACAAAUUCAUGGAAGACGAACAUCGAGAGCAUGGCGGUAUCAGAGCUUCGGUCUAUUGGGAAUACAUUAAAGCAGGAAAGCUUAGGUAUUGGGCUCUAAUCCUAGUGGUAAUGACUGCUUUUCGUCUAAUUGAUAUCGCCGAAACAUGGUUUCUCAAAUCUUGGGGAGAAGCAUACGAAGGACCACGAAAACCAUCCAGAGAUCCCUUAAGUCGACUUCCUUCUCCAGAAACCAACAUUCAGCCAUGGUUACUUGGAUUCUUUCUUCUUGCUUUGGCUCAGUCUGUUACUUGGGUAUUUUUUCAGGCGUCUGCACAACUGAUGGUUUAUACAGCUGGUAAAAGCAUUUUCGAAAGAGUCAUGACUAGAGUAGUCCAUGCGACAUUCCGUUUCUACGAUGUGACACCAGUAGGGCGUUUGAUGAAUCGUAUGACAUCAGAUAUCAGUGUCAUUGAUGGAAAUUUAAGUUCUCACUUUACAUCAUUUGCAUUCUUGAUGAUUAUGUGGUUUACAUCUAUUCUGGUUAUUGGAUCUCUUACGCCAACCUUCUUAGCAUUUGCAAUAAUACUCGUCAUCACGAUUGUGUUGAUAUACACGCGAUUUUUGCCUACAUCUCAAAGCUUGCGCCGUCUGGAAAUGGUCUCUCUGACUCCAUUAAUAUCAAACUUCGGUCUCCUCACUGAGGGGCUCGGUACUAUACGUGCAUUUUGCGCAGAACGUCGUUUCCAGGAUCGGGUUAUUGAAGUGACAGAUAUUUUCCAAAAGAUGGAUCACUUCUAUUGGUCAUUACAAGCAUGGCUCGCGUUCCGAUUCAAUAUACUUUCUGCUGUAUCAACAUUUCUUAUGACAGUCAUAGCCGUAUACCAAGAUUUAUCACCCGGUCUUACAGCCUUCGUUCUUUCAGCCGCAGGUCGAUUCGUAUCAUCAACGAGAGGAUUAUGUCAAUCUUACGGCCAACUACAAAUGGAGUUCGUUUCAGUUGAACGUGUUGUAGAACUUCUACAUCUCGAUCAAGAAUCUCCUGGUGAUAUAGAUCCACCAGCCUACUGGCCCCGUCUAGGUGGCGACAUAAUUUUUGAAGAUGUCAGCAUCAAAUACGCCCCUCAUCUCGAACCAUCACUAAAGAACAUCUCCUUAACCAUCAAAGGCGGCUCAACUACUGCGCUGAUCGGUCGCACUGGCAGCGGGAAAUCAACACUAGCUCUCUCUCUCCUCGCAACAACAUUACCAAAUACAGGUCGCAUUCUCAUCGACGGUAUCGACAUUUCUCAAGUAAAAACUCAAGCUUUACGUAAGCGCAUCACCUUUCUCGCUCAAGAACCUGUUUUAUUUCCAGGCACUAUGCGUACGAAUCUUGAUCCAAUGGAUGAAUUCACCGAUUUUGAAUGUUCGUCCGUUCUUUCCAAAAUCGCCGUACGACAUAAUUGGACACUCGAUACAAAUAUUGAUUCCAAAGGGAAAAAUUUAAGUCAGGGUCAAAGACAAUUGGUAGGGCUUGCGAGGGCGUUGUUGAGGAGAAGUUCUAUUAUUAUAAUGGAUGAGGCGACAGCUAGUAUUGACAAGGAAACGGCUGGCAAGAUUCAGGAGCUUAUUAGAGAAGAGUUGAAACAAAGUACGGUGAUUACUAUUGCGCAUCGGGUUGAAGCGGUUAGGGGAGUGGAUUGGUGUGUGGUGCUUGAGAAGGGUGGAGUGAAAGAAUUUGGUGAGGCCGGUAAAGUUGGUAAGAUGAAUGAGGAGCAGAUUGAUACUCCUCCUGGGGAUAGAAGUGGAGAAGAAUAG